AUGAGUAUUUUGAGAAGAAUUUCUGAAAAUCGAAGAAUAUCAGAUGUGUAUAAUUAUUGUAGUAAUGCGUGAUAGUUCGAGAGCGUCAACAGUGAUAAACUUUUAUUAACCUUUUACGGAUAGAAAAUUAUAACGUAUUUUGAUAUUGGAGUAUCUGGGAACAACGUUAUUCGGUAUUGGAUUGCAGUCAGCCAAAGAUGAUUUCUAAAUAUAAUUGGUGAUAUUCUUUUGUAAGUAUUUAAUGACGAUUAGAUAACAGCCAUGCUAUUUUCUGCGAGACAUAGUGGAGCUCAUUAUCAUUUGGCUGUGACAUUGAUAUUAAUGUUUAGACCUCAUUAUCCCAUCAAUAGAUUCAGAGGACUGUUGCAAAUUAUAGUAGGAAUACUGGGGUUUAUGACAGGCGCAUAUUUCGGGUAUCAUAUGUUGAAUAGUUUGUUACUUAUUGACAGGUCACAUCUCCAGUCCGAGACUCCAAAGUCAUGAGCAGAGUUGGAUCUAUUCCGAUUUGUGUGGAGAGAUAUUAGCCACCACAUCCUUCUAGU